AAUGGCUGCUCCAGCAAUCCUUGUGUUACCAAUGCCAACUGCUACCCCGGCGAAUUACCUAACAUGCACCGCUGCGAAUGCUUUAUAGGAUUUGGCGGACCGCUAUGUGAAGCAUUGCCCAAUAGCGACAAGUACCAGUUCGGCUCGCAUGUCUUCUAUUUGGUCAGGGAGCCACAAAGCUGGGAGGAUGCGAAGGCGAUGUGUGCUUCUCGCGGCGCGCCACUCGCGCCGAUUGAUGACAAACUUGUUAAUGACUUCAUUGCCAAAGUGGUCUUCCCCAAAGAGCUGCCACCAAGUUUGCCGGAGCCUAUCGCGUACUUCAGACUCGAUGGAUCGGACCAGCAUGUCACGGUCUUGCCGUUAAGCAUGUGGGUGCAUGCGGUAGCAACCUUUAAUCGUGACACGAGAAGAAGUGUCAUCUACCAAGACGGAGAGGUAGUGGCCAGCGGUGUAAGACACUACAGAAUGCGCGAUGUGCGACUGAACAAGGGUCGGCCCAACCUCCUGAAGUACAACGGUCGCAUGAGUCAAUUUCUGGUGUACAACAAGGCGUUGGGCAAAGAUGAGAUGCGACCGCGGUUGGUACGCUAAUCCAAAAGGCCUGGUUUGGAGGAAAUGACAGAGCUACCGCGGGGCUUUACCGGUCCACAUAUCCUGGCACUCCUCAUUUGACGUACCUCAACUGGGCGCCAGCUCACCAAGAGUCUCAGGAUUUCCUGGCCGUGAGUGCCUGGGGAGUUAUUUCAGCAAAGCUUUGCGAACGUAAACUACCAUAUUUGUGCAUGCAAAAACUGUAUUAGGUUAAAAAGGCGCGAACGUUUAAAAAAAGGCCGGACAUCUUGUAUAUGUUGGUAUGUGCCAGACGUCGACAGUUAAGCUAAAAUUCCUUUUUUUUCGCUUUUUGAAUUCCCUUGACUAAUACUCUUUUAUUACCAUAAAGUAAUGUCUUGAUUUUCCAAUAGGAGAUCAGUUGAAUGAGAGCACGUGAGAUCAUAUGAGUGUUUUGGUGUAAACUAGGGCGCGCUCAGCCUUUUAGCGGCAAAAUAACAGCGAAAAAUAACAGUUUUGUUUUUUUCAGAAAGGGUUUAGUUUUAUUAAAAUAAUUGUUUUUUCGUCGUUCUCUCGUGUGACGGGCGCAGUCAUUUUUGUGAUAAUUUUGUUUUGAAUUUGCCACCCAAAAAGGUCACGUGAUCUCUUAGCGCAUGUCCCGUAUUGUUGGGUAUGUCACAUUUAUGAAGACCUGUAAACUUGAUAGGAGCUGCAGUGUAAUCACACUUCGAUAAGACAAACAUUCUUUGCUAUAGUGGGUCAGAGACCAACACUAGUGAUCCACCAUUUAGGAUGUAUGUUUACACCUAUUUUUACUAAAGUUUCCCCCGAAAAAUCCAUCUAUCAUAGCCCGCAGUGCUUCAUGGAUAUCAAAUAAAAGAGAAAAUACGAGUAAACAAAACCAAUUUUGGAAA